AUGUUUCAGGCUGACAUAUGUCAUGCUUACCAUAUCGUCCGAGAUCAUGGAAUUCCAGAUGAGCGUAUUGUUGUGAUGAUGUAUGAUGACAUUGCCAACAGCCCUGACAACCCUUUUCCUGGUAAUAUCAUAAAUAAGCCAGAUGGACCUAACGUUUACCCCGGAGUGCCUAAAGAUUACACUGGAUCGGAUGUAACCCCAGAAGUGUUUCUGCAUGUUUUGACUGGUAAUUCUGAAGGAAUAAAGAAACUUCUAGGCCGAGAAGGCAAGGUCAUUAAAAGUGGACCAGAAGAUCGUGUAUUUGUCAAUUUUGUUGACCAUGGUGCCCCAGGUAUGCUGGGAUUCCCUGACUCAAUGCUGUUCUAUGUUGAAGCAUGUGAAUCAGGAUCCAUGUUUGAGGAUAUUUUGGAGUCUAAUAUUAACGUGUUCGCAACAACCGCAGCCAAUUCGGUUGAAUCAUCCUGGGCCUGUUACCAUGAUGGUGCUAGAGACACCUAUCUUGGUGAUUUGUACAGCGUUAUGUGGAUGGAAGACUCAGAUAAG